CAUACCUAGAAGUUAUGUGUCAACACUGUGCACGCAUACGGUAAGGUUUUUCCCAAUCAUAACACAGCGCGCUUGGGCUGUCGAUGCCCAGUGAUGUCAAUAGCAUGCAGUGUACUUGCGCUAUUGUUUACGCUUCGUCAGCAUUGGUAAGGUCCAGCACAGUCCAACCAAAGUACAUCGGUCACUACGAGCUCUGCUGUCUGCCAUGUGUAAUCACAGUGUGAUUAGCGGCCGAACGAUGAUGUUAAAGCUCACAACAUCAUGAGGUAAAUCUGGCUCCGGUGUCCAUUUUCCAUUUUUCAAGCCGCCUCUCAGGGUCCAAGAUUGCCGAGGUUUCCUGACAGAUGGCUCCUCGUUAAACCUCGUUGCAUCUCCCUAGUCACGGCAUCAUUAACCGUAGUCUCCGGCAACACUAGCUAGUUCAAUAUUGGCCAAACCUCAGUGCUCUACGUUGCGUCUGUAAGGAACAUUGUACGUUGGCACUAAACUGGUUUCUCUAGUGCCGGCCGAAUUACAGCCAUGUAAGAAUUAACCGCACUACCCCUCCCUGAAUCAUAUUUAUACGAUUGUUUUAGACUAAUUCCUCCAAGCGAUGGGACAUCACAAACUGUAAACAAAACACUAUUGGAAGCAUUUGUGCAGCUACACAGUUUGCAUGGCCAAUGAGAGUCUACUCAGUGAGACUGCGGAAUCCUUGGGCUGCCACCUCAGCUGGCCUGAGCUGCGCCCCUGCGUGGUAAAUAAGGAAACUCUUCGGCUGGAGGAAGAGGUCCUUGCCAAGGAAGAGUGGGACUUCAACGACCGUCCAACCUACUACACGGCCAUCGGCAAUCUACAAGGGUUCAUCGCCUUCCACCUCAACAACCACCAGAAAGCCCAAGCGUUCUUCCAAGAUGUCUUGGGCAAGGAUGAGAGAAACAUCAACGCCCUGGGAAAUUUGGCUUUCCUGCACAAAAAGCUCUAUCAGUUUGACAAGUACAGAAAAUACUACGGCAAGCUUAUGGAAUUGUUGUCGAGAAAUUGUACUAAAGCUGAGAGAGCCAUGGCCUAUGCGGAUAAAGCCCACGCUAUUCGUCACCUGGAGAAAAAACGAUGCUUUCGUUACAUGAGAUUUAUCGAGAGAGCGGUGGCUCUUGGGAGGGACUGCGACGGUCCACAGAGAGCAGAAUGGCUGUUUGAUUACGCUCUGGCUUUGUACAAGAGAGACCUCCAGGUAUUGUACCUUCAGGAACUUGCAGGCGAAGCUUCCUUCGUCCCAAGCCAUUCUGAAUGGUACUGCAACGAGCGAAUCUUGCGUGGAUUCAAGAAGGCCUGUCAUUAUUUCAUGGAAGUCGCCCGCACCAGCACCUCAAGGGAUUACCAAGCUUUGUCCUGGGUGUUCCUUGGCAUCCUUGUCAAUAAUGACCCAGACCACAGAAGCAUCGCCAUGGCAUUUCCAGAUGUGCCAGAACUCCAUCACGUCACAGCAGAACAGUGCUUAGAAAAGGGCCUGGAGAUGCAUCCAGAGUAUCACGCGGUCAUCCGUAGGGUUGGUUCUGAGUACGUCAAGCUAGGACAAUAUCAGAAGGCCAAGCCGUUGCUAGAGAAGUCACUUGGCAAACUCGAAUCGCAAUUUGUGUAUCGGCAUCUUGGCGUCAUGUACUUAGGCAUUUAUAGCAGAUCUGAAAAGGACAAACAAACAGAGCAGGGAAGAGAUUUCCUUCAGGCGGCUGCUGAAAAUUUCACCCGUGCUUUGGAAAUAGGGAAGUAUCCCGGAGACUACUCCGACCUAGGGUAUAUUUAUUUUCUCCAAGGGUGCAUCGAUGAAGCCAUCUCCAAUUUUGCUCAUGCCAUAGACAGUGAGUAUGACGAAUACUUUGACCCAGUGCAGAACCACCAGCGAUGGGCUCGGUGUCUGGAGGAGUUUAACGACCUGGAAGGCAGCAGUCUGCAACGGGCAGAGGCCGAAAGGGUCCGAGAGGAGAUCUUGAGAACACCCCUUGCUGAAGACCACCACUCGGCCUACUUCAACGACGACUUUGACUACUACAGCACCGUGGAGAAACCCAACUACGUGAGAAUUCUCGAGGACUACCACUUCGUGGCACCUCCUCGCCCCGAGCAGAACAGCACGCUGCGUAAGUGUACCUACCGGUACGACUUCUUCGUGUGGCACGCGGACAGGGACAGUCGAUGGGCAGAGGUUUUCGUGCAGAAGCUGGAGACGGAACACAGACUCGUAGGCUGCAUGCAGUCAAGGGACGUCGAAGGUGGGCGGUACGUGUCUGAGGCGUUUGUGGAUUGCUUGAAGUGCAGCUACAAGUUUGUGAUCAUCCUGACUCCACACCCUCUGGACCCCUCCCCCGACGACACCAUCCCCAAGAGCGUGGGGUGGGAGCGGUUUGCCGUCGAACAGGCUUUGUUCGAGGCCAAUAAUCACAGGGGCGGGCCCCGAGAGUACAUUUUACCCGUCGUGCUCCGCGACUGCUCCUUACCGGCAACACUUCAGACAGUGCCGGCCGUCAAGUGCAAAGAGGGCCAGAUUCUGACGAAACAUUGGCAGGAAUUGGUGCGACAACUCACUCAAUCAGCACGGUGUUCUGAUAAGCUCUAAUAAUGCCAAAUCUCCUUAAUUUGGAGAAAUAGCUGCUAUUAAUCUCUGGCAAGGAAUCACUGCGGUGUGUAAUUUAAUUAGUCUAGGUUUGCCUAUCCAAGCAUGUUGAAGACUACUGAUCUUCUCUAUGACGAAAAAUGCAAGACACAAAAAAUAUUUUACUUACUUAUUAACAGUCUUUAAGCAUUUUCUGUCGAACAAAAUCUGUCCAAUAAAAGCCUAAAAAUAUCAUUGACUCCACCUGUCAUAGGUGUAUUGAAAUACGUCGAUGACCUCAGUUUGGACGAGAUUGGGUCAGUUGACAGCCAUUUAUCUAUGCAAAACAACACUGUUGAUUUGUUUUGUUGGUUUGAGAUUAAUAAACAUAAGCCCAACCAUCUACAUGUAAAUGCAAGACUAUGCAAUUCUAUUUUGAAAAAAGUGCACCUAGCCCGCCAUCUUUGAAAAUGGGCAAUAAUUUACUUGAUGUCGUAACGAAGAAAACAACUUGGUGUUUGGAUUCAGAAUGACCUGGCAUGGGACGUUCAAGGUCAGGAAAUAGUUGCUAAAUGUAUUAGAUACCUUCAUAUUCUUAGUCGUCUCAAAAAAAUGGAGGUCCCAGGAAUGAUCUUUUGACAAUUUUAUUACGUCCAGUCCGGUUUUAGAAUAUGCUGUCCCUGUGUGACAUUCUGGUCUUACUGCAAAUUGAGCAUCGUGUAUUAAAGCAAUCCAGAAACGGGCCUUUAAAGUAAUCCUGGACCAAGAUAACUCUACGUGCUGAUUUUGCAUUGUCUAAAUUUAAUAUGAGAACUCUAGCUACUACUACUACUACUACUCUAGCCUUGUUUCUGAUCGUUUUAAAAGUUGGUUCCCUCUAAAUAGUAGAGUUCAUGCCAUGGAACUUGGACAAAGACGGCAGUUUGUUGAACCCAAGACAAAGGCUUCGAGGUACUCUUAGAGUGCUAUUCCAUCGUUUAUCAAACUAUGGAAUACACUUGCGAAUACCUAAUUGUAAGCAACGCUUGGAGAAAUGAGUAUUUCAUUCAUUUGAUUUUGUUUUAUUUUUUAACAUAAUUUUUGUAUCUUUGUUCAUAUAUCUUUCUAAUUAAUAAUUCUGUUGUCUUAUUUUAAAGUUUUUAUUUGAGUAGUAAUGUUUACCUGUAAAUCAAAUUACAAUUCGGUCUUUUACAACGAGAAUUUGAUGUUUUAAUAAAUAAAAAUAAAAUCAGCAGUUACCAGCGCCCUUGUACAAACCAA